UCUCCUCCUCCCUCCCCCCACCCACAACCUCACCAUGCCGCAACCAUUGAGCUCCAAGGAUGCCUCUCUGUUUCGCCAGGUGGUCCGUCACUAUGAAAAUAAACAGCACAAGAAGGGUAUCAAAGCCGCAGAACAGAUCCUGCGAAAGAACCCCAACCAUGGCGACACCCUGGCGAUGAAGGCAUUGAUCAUCAGUCAACAAGGGCAGCAGGAGGAGGCCUUCGCACUGGCCAAGGAAGCCCUCAAGAACGACAUGAAAUCGCACAUUUGCUGGCACGUCUACGGUUUACUGUACCGCGCGGAGAAGAACUACGAGGAGGCCAUCAAAGCGUACCGGUUCGCCCUGCGGAUCGAGCCCGACUCCCAGCCCAUUCAACGAGACCUGGCCCUCCUCCAGAUGCAGAUGCGCGACUACCAGGGCUACAUCCAGAGCCGGAGCGCCAUGCUCCAGGCCCGUCCGGCCUUCCGACAGAAUUGGACCGCCCUGGCGAUCGCACACCACCUUGCGGGCGACUUGGAGGAGGCCGAGAAGGUGCUGACUACCUACGAAGAGACCCUCAAGACCGUGCCCCCCGUCUCCGACAUGGAACACUCCGAGGCUGUCCUCUACAAGAACUCGAUCAUGGCGGAAGCGGGCAAGCUGGACAAGGCCCUGGAGCAUCUUGAGUCGGUGGGCUACCGGAUCCUGGAUGUGCAGGCGCUUCUGGAGAUGAAGGCGGAUUACCUGUUGCGGUUGGGCCGGAAGGAAGAGGCCGCGGCAGCCUACACGGUGCUGCUGGAGCGGAACUCGGAGAACUCGAUCUACUUCGACGGUUUGAUCCGGGCGAAGGACAUCGCCGAGAACGACCACAAGGCGCUGAAGGCGGUCUACGAUGAGUGGGCGGAGAAAUGCCCGCGGGGCGAUGCCGCUCGCCGCAUCCCGCUGGACUUCCUGGAAGGGGACGAAUUCAAGCAGGCCGCCGAUGCGUACCUGCAGCGCAUGCUCAAGAAGGGAGUGCCCUCCCUCUUUGCGAACAUCAAGGCCCUCUACGACAACACGAAGAAGCGCGACACGGUGCAGGAGCUGGUCGAAGGGUACGUCAAGGCGGCGCCGCAGUCCAAUGGCGACGCGAACGGCGAUGACACCGAGUUCCUCUCCUCCACCUACUACUUCCUUGCCCAACACUACAACUACCACCUGAGCCGGGACCUGUCCAAGGCCAUGCAGAACGUCGACAAGGCGCUGGAGCUCGCCCCCAAGGCCGUCGAGUACCAGAUGACCAAGGCCCGGAUCUGGAAGCACCGCGGCAACCCGCAAAAGGCCGCCGAGGAGAUGGAGAACGCGCGACUCCUGGACGAGAAGGACCGGUACAUCAACUCCAAGGCCGCCAAGUACCAGCUGCGCAACCACGACAACGACAAGGGUCUCGACAACAUGAGCAAGUUCACGCGAAACGAGACCGUCGGCGGCGCGCUAGGCGACCUUCACGAGAUGCAGUGCGUCUGGUUCCUGACGGAAGACGGCGAGUCGUACCUGCGGCAGAAGAAGCUGGGGCUGGCGCUCAAGCGGCUCCACGCCGUCUACAACAUCUUCGACGUGUGGCAGGAGGACCAGUUCGAUUUCCACAGCUUCUCCCUGCGCAAGGGCAUGAUCCGGGCUUACGUCGAUAUGGUGCGGUGGGAGGAUCGCCUGCGCGAGCAUCCGUUCUACACCCGCGUCGCGCUGGCCGGCGUCAAGGCUUACCUGAUGCUGCACGAUGAUCGCGACCUGGUGCACGGACCCAUGCCCAGCGGCACCAACGGGGCCAACAAGGAGGAGGAUGAAGCGGAGCGGAAGAAGGCCAUGAAGAAGGCCAAGAAGGAACAGCAGCGGCUGGAGAAGAUUGAGAUCGAGAAGCGCGAGGCGCGCAAGGCGGCCCCGACCAAGGGCUUUGACGGCGAGGUCAAGAAGGAGGACCCCGAUCCGUUCGGCACCAAGCUCGUGCAGACUCAGGAUCCGCUCAAGGAGGCCACCAAGUUCCUGACGCCGUUGCUGGAAUACAGCCCUGAGAACAUUGAGGGGCAGUGCCUCGGCUUUGAGGUUUAUCUCCGGAAAGGCAAAUACGCCCUCGCGCUCAAAUGCCUCUCCGCCGCCCACGCCCUCGACCCCAACCACCCAACCCUCCACGCGCAACUCCUCCGCUUCCGUCAGAAACUCUCCACCCUCACGGAGCCUCUCGCCCCGCAAGUCUCCGAAGUCAUCAACACCGAGCUGGAGACGCUCCUCCCCAAAUCGCAGAACCUCGACGAAUGGAACGCCUCGUUCCAGUCGGCGCACGCCGCCAGCGUGGCUCACACCCAAGCCGCCCUCACCUGCCGCCAGCUCCUCAACGCCGACUCCAAGCCGCAGUGCGAGAAGGACCUCACCGCCACGCUGGACAGCUCCGAUCUGACCAUCGACACCGCACUGGCUGGUCUGGAUCUUCUCAGCGAGUGGGGCAGCUCCGCGGCUGCGAAGACCGCUUAUGCCGAGAAGGCGAGCUCCCGGUGGCCGGAAUCGACGGUGUUUCAGCUGAGCUGAAUGGGUUGCUUAUUUGGCGUGUAGUUUCUUUUUCUUAUCAUUUUCCUUUUUUAUCUUUUGACUCUAUUUUUUUCAUUUAUCUCGAUGAGAGGAGAUCAGAUGAGAUGAGUAUACCUUGGUAUAGACGGGUGUUCCAAUUCUGCGAUCACACCGUAAGUAAGACUUAGACUGCAGAAGAAGAAAAAAAACAAAACAAAACAAAAGGCAAUUAUAAAAGAGGAAUGAGAAUGAAUAAUGUCCGAG